AUGACCGACGCCGUUGGUGCGGAUGAUGCGACCGUCACCUUUCAUAUCAAAUCGUCCGGUGGCCAGAAGUACACUCUUACCCUGCCUCUCUCGACCACCGCCGCCGACUUGAAGAACAAACUCGCCACGGAAGAAUAUGCCAACGUUCCAGCCUCGGCACAACGCUUGAUCUACAGCGGGAAAGUAUUGAAAGAUCAUGAGACACUGGCGUCGCACAACGUUAAAGAUGGGAACACCAUGCAUCUCGUCAAGAGUGCGGCAAGCAACCAGCGACAGAACCCCGCAGCGCAAUCCUCCUCUCCAUUAAAUUCCGCGUCCACCGCUGUGCCUCCAGCGACAGGAGUACCGCAGAAUUUGGCCUCCGGCACGGGAAAUGAUCCGCUGGCCGGUCUUACUGGUGCCAGAUACGCCGGAUUUGCCCAGCUACCCGAUGCCAGCAUGUUUCAGAAUCCACAGUCUCCCGAAGAUUUCUUGCGACAGCUGGAGGAUCCCAACUUCCAGCAAAUCAUGCGAGAAGCGAUGAAUAAUCCCCAGGUCAUAGAUAUGAUGAUCAACCAGAGCCCACAUUUGAGAGCCAUGGGCCCACAAGUGCGACGGAUGCUACAAUCAGAUUACUUUCGGCGAGUCAUGACGGAUCCGCAGGCGUUACGGUCCAUGUUGCAAAUGCAACAAGCCCUAGGCAUGAACCCGUUUGGAGGUGCCGGUGGAGACGGCGCCUUUCCAGCCCCCGGGGUUACCAACACGACAGAAGGAGGUAAUUCGGAGAGUGCUUCAACGAGUCCGCAAUCAUUGCCACGGCAGCCAGGUGCCUUCGGACAAGGGGCUGGAGGUAACAACGUGCCAGCAAAUCCAUUUGCGGUCUUGUUCGGGGCACCUCCUCCAGGCCAAAAUCAAACCGCGCCCACGCCCAACCCCACAUCACCAAAUAAUGGCACUUCUCAGACCGAGGGUACCAACACCAACAUACAAAAUCAACAACAACCACCGCAACAAGCACAGCAACGAAAUCCGUUCGAAGCCUUGUUCAAUCCUGCUUUGUUUCCUGCGCCCGACCAACGCAAUCCUUUUGAUGCUCAAAACAAUCCAUUCGCCGCAAACCCAGACGGGAUGCAACGACUUUUUCAAGCAAUGGAAGCAAUGGGCGCAGGCAAUCAACCUCCAUAUUAUGACAAUCUGUUUGGAAAUGAUUUGUUUGGUGCUGGAGCUCCGGACCCUCCGCCCGACAACCGCCCACCUGAAGAGCGAUACGCCAAUCAGUUACAGCAACUCAAUGAGAUGGGCUUCUAUGAUUUCGAUCGCAACAUUCAGGCACUCCGGAGAACCGGCGGCAGCGUGAAUGGGGCUAUAGAGUACCUGCUCAAUAAUCCUUGA